AUGUUGCAUGUUUCCAUAAAGGGAAGCAUAAAGAGCAUGGUUGAGAUGCAUGAUCUUGUACAAGAAAUGGCAUGGGAAAUUGUUCGUCAAGAGUCUAUCCAAGAGCCUGGUCAACGCAGUCGUUUGUGGCUUCGCGAUGAUAUCUCUCAUGUAAUCAUGAACAAUACGGGAACCGGAGCAAUUGAAGCCAUUGGCUUGCGUUUGCCGAAAUUAGAAGAGGUGAAUUGGAAUUGUACUGAAGCCUUCCUUAAGAUGCACAGAUUAAGGCUUCUUCACUUUGAUAAUGUGAUCGUUUCUUCAGCCCCCAAAAGAUCUUCCAAAUUCCUUAAGAACUAUCAGGUGGAAUUGGUCUUGCCAAACUUGAAAUGUAUGGACCUUAGUUACUCUGAUCAAUUGACAAGUACCCCGGAUUUCACAGGCGUUCCAAAUCUUGAGAUUUUGCGGCUACGAUAUUGUAAGAAUUAG